AUGACGCUACUGAAUCGCACCUUUGCUGCCCUAGUGGCGGUCAGUACAUUACUGUCCGGCUGUCUUGCACAGGAUCCUCUGCCAACGACUUAUAAGGACCCGAAAACCGGAAUCAGCUUCGAUACAUGGAACGUGCCAGGCAGUUCUGGAACCGCCGGGCUGACCUUUGGCAUGGCUCUCCCGAGUACGGCGUUGGAGGAUGAUGCCACAGAGUUUAUCGGAUAUCUCCAUUGUGCUGCAAAAAAUGCCACGACAGCCCGCGGUUGGUGCGGCAUCUCGUUGGGCGGUUCCAUGGUGGACAGUCCUUUAUUUAUUGCCUACCCGGAUCGCGGCCGCGUUAAGACCUCCCUACGCUUCACCUCUGGAUACACGAUGCCUGGAGUCUACACCGGCAACGCCACAGUCACACAGAUCUCGUCUGCUGUCAAUGCGACGGGUUUCUCAUUGACCUUCCACUGCCAGGACUGUCUGCACUGGUCACAGAAUGGCACGACAGGGAGCGUGUCUACAAGUGGUAGUAUGUUGGAUUUCGGUUAUGCGCAGUCUAUCGAACCGCCGGUCAAUCCGUCCUGUCCGGAUGGGAUAAGGCUGGCGCGGCACGACUCGCAGGGUACCUGGACCGCGUUGCUGGAAGAUGCCGCAAGCGAGUCCUACGAUAAAUGGCGCGCUCUGGCAAACCAUACUGUUCCUAGCAACUGCACCAGCACGAGGGGCCGCAACUCCAGUGUCCCGUCCCCCAGUCGACUAUUCGGCAGUCGACUAUUCGGAUAG